GAUGUGGUAAUCAGUCUUGCAGAGUUGUAUACAGAAGACAGUAGAAGAUGAGGUCUACCUGCCUGGAGUCUACCUUGACGGUAUUCCUGGGAUCAACGCCCCCGCGGCCUGGUCCACGACCAGGCCUCCUGGUGGAUCAGGGCCUGAUUAACCAGGCUGUUACUGCUGGCCACAAGUAAUCCAACGUAUGAACCACAGCCCGGCUGAUCCGGUACUGACAUAAGGUUGAAACCCGAGGAACUGGUGGACCUGAUGAGGGCACGACGCCCCCGGCAGGGUCCAGGGAAAGGCCCUGAAUGUGACCAUAUCGCCUCCAACACCACCACCACUGAUCACCUUAUCUCCAACACUGCCAUCUCAGUUAGUCAAUCUCCAACACUGCCACCUCCGUCAGUCAAUCUCCAACACCACCAACAACAACUGAAAAUAUAAGAAUAUUUCGUAACGUGCCGUAGCGUAAGAGCUACUGCUAUGUCAGCUACAGCUACUGCUGUGUCAGAUACAGUUACUGCUGUGUCAGCUAGAGCUACUGCUGUGUCAGCUACAGCUACUGCUGUGUCAGCUACAGCUACUGCUGUGUCAGCUACAGCUACUGCUGUGUCAGCUACAGCUACUGCUGUGUCAGCUACAGCUACUGCUGUGUCAGCUACAGCUACUGCUGUGUCAGAUACAGCUACUGCUGUGUCAGCUAGAGCUACUGCUGUGUCAGCUACAGCUACUGCUGUGUCAGCUACAGCUACUGCUGUGUCAGCUACAGCUACUGCUGUGUCAACUACAGCUACUGCUGUGUCAACUACAACUACUACUGUGUCAGCUACAGCUACUGCUGUGUCAGCUACAGCUACUGCUGUGUCAGCUACAGCUACUGCUGUGUCAGCUACAGCUACUGCUGUGUCAGCUACAGCUACUGCUGUGUCAGCUACAGCUACUGCUGUCACCUACAACUACUGCUGUGAAUGAACACUAAGCGCUAAGAACUUAGGUUAGGUAAGAUUCGUCAGGAAACAGGACAAGUAUUUCCUGACGCGGGUCUUAGUCAACUGAUGACCCACCUCCGGAGCUUUUGGUCGUCUGAGCGAGGCCUUCCACCGGCUUAUCCCUUCACCCCUUUCAAAAUUUAGGAUAUAUAAUUAUAACCAUUUAACCAGGUGAGAAUUUACCAAGUUAAUACCGACAACACUGAAGAUAAUGGCAGAAAUUACUUAAACAA